CGGCCCGGCAUGGAGGAUGGCGCCGCUCCUGCUGCAGCUGGUGGGGCUCUGCGUGGCGCUGGCGGCCGCGGCCCUGAUACUGAUUUCCUUUGUUGCAUUUAUAACUGCGACGAAAAUGCCACGCCUUCAUCAACACGAAGAGGAGAAGUUCUUCUUGAAUGCCAGAGGCCAGAAGGAACCAUUACCCAGCUUACUGGACGCCCCGACCAAGCAGCUUUCUGUCGUCGUACCUUCCUACCAUGAAGAGACACGGUUGCCUGUGAUGAUGGAUGAAGCUCUCAGCUAUCUAGAGAAGAGACAGAAACAAGAUCCUAAGUUCACUUACGAGGUGAUAGUUGUUGAUGAUGGAAGUAAAGACCAGACUUCAAAGGUAGCUUUCAGGUAUUGCCAGGAAUACGGCAGUGACAAAGUGCGGGUGAUAACGCUGGUGAAGAAUCGCGGGAAAGGCGGAGCCGUUCGGACGGGGAUAUUCAGUUCUCGAGGAAGAAAGAUCCUUAUGGCAGAUGCUGAUGGCGCCACAAAGUUUCCAGAUAUUGAGAAGUUAGAAAAGGGACUGGAUGACCUGCAGCCUUGGCCUGAUGACAUGGCUAUCGCGUGUGGAUCCCGAGCCCAUUUGGAACAAGACUCGAUUGCUCAGCGUUCUUACUUCCGUACUCUGCUCAUGUAUGGCUUCCACUUUCUGGUUUGGUUCCUUUGUGUCAAAGGCAUCAGAGAUACACAGUGUGGGUUCAAACUGUUCACUCGAGAAGCAGCUGUACGGACAUUCUCAGCUCUGCACAUUGAACGCUGGGCAUUUGAUGUGGAGCUGCUGUACAUAGCACAGUUCUUUAAGAUUCCAAUAGCAGAAAUUGCUGUCAACUGGACCGAAAUUGAAGGUUCUAAAUUAGUUCCAUUUUGGAGCUGGGUGCAGAUGGGCAAGGACCUACUUUUUAUACGUCUACGGUACAUGACGGGUGCCUGGAGGCUGGAGCACGCCAGGAAAAAGAAGUAGAGGACUUGCAGGGUUUGAUUGUCUUCGACAUCACUGUCACAGUAUUUAAUUUGAAAUCACAGACUUAAAUAAAGCUGGGAUAAAUCUA